AUGCUAAGGAGGCAAGCACGGGAAAGGAGAGAGUACUUGUACCGCAAGGCUCAAGAAUUGCAAGAGUCCCAACUUCAACAGAAAAGAGAUGUCAUAAAGAAUGCGUUAGCACAGGGAAAGCCUCUACCGAAGGAGUUGGCGGAGGAUGAGCAGUUGCAAAAGGAUUUCAGAUAUGAUCAGACCAUGAAAGACGUCACAGCAGAUUCAGUGGACGACGAAUAUGCGGCUACCAGUGGUUUAGCUGAUCCCAGAAUCAUCGUAACGACGUCUAGAGAUCCCAGCACCAGACUAUCUCAAUUUGCCAAGGAAAUAAAACUACUUUUCCCUACGGCUGUCAGACUGAACAGAGGUAACUAUAUCAUGAGUAAUCUUGUAAGUGCGUGCGUCAAGUCGGGGACUUCCGAUCUGGUGGUAUUGCAUGAACACAGAGGUGUCCCCACGUCACUGACCAUAUCGCAUUUCCCACACGGUCCCACGGCCUAUUUCACAUUGCACAACGUUGUGUUGAGGCACGAUAUACUGAAUCGUGGUAACCAAAGUGAGGUGAACCCACAUCUUAUCUUUGAGAACUUCACCACCACGCUAGGUAAGAGGGUAGAAUGCAUAUUGAAACACCUGUUCCCGCCUGGGCCUAAGAAGGACUCGCCGCGAGUGAUUACGUUCGUGAACAAGGGAGAUUUCAUCAGUGUCAGACAACACGUGUAUGUACGGACCCGCGAGGGAGUGGAACUCGCCGAGGUAGGUCCCAGGUUCGAGAUGAGGCUGUUUGAAUUGAGGUUGGGCACAUUGGACAAUAAGGACGCUGACGUUGAAUGGCAAUUGAGGAGGUUCGUGAGAACCGCAGCCCGGAAGGACUAUUUGUAA